UCACGCUUCUACGACCCUACACAAGACCAGCAUGAGCGCCAGGAGAUAAAGAAAAAGUCUCGUGCUCUCGAGCGCGAGUUCAAUGAGAACAGAGAUGUCUACCUAAAAGAUGGCGGUCAGCUCGAGUCCAUAAUUGACCGAGCGAAUGAAGUCUUCAGUGGAGUCAAGCAAACAUCCGAUGCUACUGUCGACUCUCGUUUGUUCGUCGGCAUUUCCGACAUGCUUUACAAGUCGUCCGCUCAGCUCACUCUCGGCGAUAAUUCCACUGGUGUUGACAUUGACGAAUUCGUCUCCAAAUGUAUCUUGUUCAUGAAGAAUGACCGCGCCAACCCCUCUGCUACCUCAACUCAGCGACGUAGGCAGCGCCAGAGCCGCCGUGACGACAAUGACGACGACGAUGAAGACGACGACCGCGAUGCCAACGACAUUCUUGACUGGGCCCAUCUUGGAACACAUGCCUGUUUCCCCUUCAACCUCCGCCCACCUACCCCGAGUUUUUUGCUUGGCCCACUUUCAGUUCAGAAGAAGCUUCGCGCGCAAACUCAACGCCGUGCUCGUCAACGCAAGGACUCUACUGUCAAGGAAGUCCGCCCUGAAGCCUUGACCGAGCGUGAUCUUCAAACGAGUGAGAACAACGCCCUGACAACACUAUGCCAGAACAUCAAAAAGAUCCUUGAUGCCCACUGUAAGACUGCUAGCGCUGCGGUAGACGCGCUUAACGACUCCGGCGACCUCGACGAUGAUCAAGUGUUGGCAGAGAUGAAGCGGCACCGGAUCACUCACACUGGUGGGCCGAGUCUGUUCGACUUUGCUAUCAACCCUCACAGUUUCGGCCAGACUGUAGAAAACAUCUUCUACAUCAGUUUUCUGAUCAAAGAAGGUAAUGUCGGUCUGGAUAUGGACGACGAUGGGCUGCCUACUCUUGUACCAUCAGAACCACACACAGUAGCACAACAGCGUGAGAACAGCCAAAUGCGGCAUCAGGCUGUCUUCAGCAUAGACUAUAGCACGUGGCAGCGCCUGAUACAGGCAUUCAAGAUCACAGAGCCGAUGAUUCCUCACCGUGGGGCUGGUGGAAAUGGAGGUGUCGGUGCUCGUGGCUGGUAU